GAUUAAUUCUUCGCUAUUUUUAAUUUCAGUGAAAUAAUUUACAGUAAUUACAUGAAAAGUUAAAGAAUUUUAAUGCCUAUUCUCAAAUUUAUUCCUAAAUAUGUAAAAAAAAGCAUGUUAUCUGAUAUUAUAACCCUACAGAAUCAAAGGAGUAUUAAUGGAUCUUUCUACUAUUCUAUAAAAAUGCUCACAAACAGAAUGAAUGAAUAUUUACAUACGGUGGAUAAUACUAGUAACUAAUAAUAAUAGUAGUAGUAUAUAUAUUAUUUCAGUAAUUAAUUCCAUUUAUACACAUUUCUUUUGUUUUUCAUAUUAUCUGAAAAAGAAAAGGGAAUUAUUGUAUUUUUUUUAAAACAAAAAUGAAAUCUACAAAGUUAUUCCUUAUUAUUAUUUUGUUUAAUCUUUAACACUGCUGCUUAUGCAUCAAAUGUUAAGAUGAAAGUUAAAUUAUUAUCAACUUUUUGUUCAGUGAUGAUCAAUGGAUUAACUUUAUGCUGAUAAUGUAACAAUAAUAAUACUAAGUGUCAUUCAGUGUCAAAAAUUAAAACACAAAAUGUUUAUCUUAGAAGAAAACUAAAAAAAGCAAAAUAAAACUUGAAUAAUCCUAAUUAUAUUACUCUUAUUAAUCUCAUAUUAAUUAUAGUAAUGGAGACAGAAAGUGAUAUGAAGUCAUUUCAUCGAAUGCCAAGUGAACGAAGACGUAAAUUAUGGUCAUUAGCAGCUAGAGCAGCUGUUAAAUGUCCAGAUGAUGUUGAAAAAGAAGUUAUUAUUCAUCAAGAGGGCUCAUUAACUAAAGGAUCUGGUUCACUAGCUAAAACACAAGAUUCUGGUGUAUCUGUUGACUUUACAUCGGAUAAUCAACCUUAUUCAACAACAUGCUCCCCGUAUACAUCACAUUCACAUUGUCGUAUAAGUUUAGAUACUUCUGAAUGCGGUGGAAAUUAUGAAUAUGGUAGAUUGACAAAAACUUCAAAACAAUUUCAUGAAAAUCAACCUGGUGUUACACUGAGUGCUGAUCUUAGUGAUUCUGCAUACAAUGAACGCGGGAGAAGUUAUGUCAGCAAGAGAAAAUCUGUAUUUUCAAUACCACAUAUACCAUCACAUUUAUCGUCGAUUAGUACAAAUAUCAGACGGAUAAGAACUGCAUCAAAACAAUUCGAUACAUCAACAAAACAGGGGAGUGCAGAUACUUCAGGUUUGGGAAGUAGUUUAGAUUGGGUAUCUUUAGAAGCUGGACAGUUACCAUUUCAUAGAAAAAUGUCAACACAAUAUUUAAGUAAUCCUAGAGAUACUGUCAAUGUUCAUUGUAGUUUAGAUGAGAAACAAAUAUCACAUCCACUUAUGAUGAAAAAACACUUGACCAGUGAUGAUGUUGACAGUGAACAUCAACGUCAACCAUAUCAAGAAUCCUCAAUGAAAACAUUUUCAACUUUAGGAAAUCCACGUGAAUUCGAGAAAGGAAAAGUAGGCGUACCAUCGUAUCAAGUUCGGCAAAAGCCUAUACAACCAUUUAAAGAACACUAUUAUAAACAACAAUUAGAUUUUCAAACAGAAACAGCUGUUAGCAUUAGUGCACCAUGUUCACCGUAUCGACCGAGCACUGAUAUUCCAUCACGUCAUGUGAUAAGAGAUCCGCAUAUCAUUGCAAAAAGCUUCGACUCAGCAUAUACCAGUGCUACACGCCGUAGACCACAUCAAUUGUCAUAUUCACCGACAACACAUUUAGGUGAGCCUAGUGAUAGGGGGAUACCAGUUGGUUAUUAUGAACCACAAGAUGGUGGCAAUGAAUGGCCGGGAAUAACAGAAAGUGAUCAUACCUAUCUAAGAUAUGCAUCGGAUAAAGAUAGUAUAUCACAGGCGAAAAUGAUUCCGGGCAUAACAAAGCAUUCAAUGCAUCGACCACCAGUAUAUAGAAGAAUUCAACAACAGUAUUUACCAACUCAUCUACAAGGCAGAAAACAGAAAUCCCUCUAUAAAAGAUCACUUACAUUAGGUGAUAAUGUUGAACACAUGAGUACUGAUUGGAUGGAAAUGAAACCAAAGAUGUAUUCAUCAACACAGAUGUAUACUGUCCCACCACCAACUAAUGAAAAAGAAGCUUAUUAUAAUGGAUUAUUAAUGCAACAAAAAUAUAAAGAUGCUUAUAUUGAUGCAAAAUUUAAACGAUUCAAUCAAAAGUAUCCACACGAUGUAGAUGAUACCUGUGAAGAAAGUGAAUUACAGGGUCUACUACAAAAACCACAAGAUUUACAUCAAUUUCAAUCAGCAAUGCAUUCUUCAAGUCGUAGAAGAUGGACAUCAGCUGAAAUACCAGAAGUUAAAAUUACACCCGUUUUUGUUGGUUUAUCUGGUAUACAAUAUGAAGAAGAAAAUGAUGAUAUUGAUGAUGAUGGUGAUGUAUAUAAUUAUCCAAAAUAUUCAACUGGUAGAAAACGUCCUUAUGAAGAAGAAUUCCUCUCACAUCCUCUUCAUCCCCCGCCGCCUCCCAUUGCUCCUUUUGCUCCUUCUGCUGCUGCUGCGCAUAAUAAAUAUCUUACUCCACCAUAUAAUAAAGGUGAUUCAUUUCGUAGAGCUGUUAGCUUAGAUAAACCAUCCUAUCCAAUAAGUUCAUUAUAUGAACAGCAUCAACAACCUCAAAUCCAACAGCAACAACAACAACAAUACCAACGUUAUCAACAGCGCCAACAACAACAACAAUAUCGACAACCUCAACAUUUAGAAGAAAGUUUAGAAUCAAAAUUUACACGUCAAUAUCGUUUUAAAUAUCGUCUUCCAUAUUAUUCUACAUCAUUAGAUUAUCCAUCUUCAUCGAGUAGUAAAGCAAGACCAUUACUACAUCCUGGUUAUGUACAAACGUAUAAUAUUAUUUCACCAAUUGAAGAAAAAGGUGAUUUUGAAUUGGAGACAAAACGUUAUCAAAAAACAGAAGGCAAGAUUAAUCAAGAUAUUGAUGAUAUAAUAGAAAAUAAGGAAAAAGUUUAUUGUGUACAAACCAAAGAAAAAGAUGGAUUUUCAAGGGAUUCAGAAAAGUCAAUACAGCCUCAUCCAAUGACAACAGACAUUAAAACUGAUGGAAGUAAACAUACUGCUGAUGGUAGUAUUAGUAAUAGUAGUAGUAUUAGUAAUCAUAAUAUUAAUAAACAUAAAUUUUAUGAAACAACAGACAUGCAUAUAUCAAAACCAUUCAAUGCAUCAUUCGAUGAAAUUGUACCAUAUGAUAAAAGUAUACCUGUAACACAUAAAGAAGUCAGGAUUAGUGAUACACAACCAAUUGUAGCUAUUUCGAAAAAAUCAAUCAAUUUAUCAUCUAAUGAAUUAAAUAUUCAAUCAAAACUGUUAUCAACAAGUCAUACAACACCACCGCCAACUGGUUCUACCGUUGGUGGUGUUGGUGGCGUUGGUGGUGGCGGUGUAUUAAAAGUAUCUGUACAGUUAGGUGAAAAUGAAAUUCAAGAAUUUGCUGAAUAUUGGGACCAUAGUAUCUUUUCACGUGCAAGAGUUACUGCAGUCUGUUUAGCUGGAGUAGCUUCUGUAUGUCUAGUCUGUACUGUAUGCGCCAGUACUUGGUUAUAUCAGGGAUAUGCGGAAAAUAUUACAUAUAGUGGAUUUUGGAAACGCUGUAAUUAUUUCAAUCAGACAUGUGAAAUUACACUUCCAUUUCUUACUAAACAUGAGGGUUGGCAAGAUGGUGCAUUCUUUAUACUUAUACUGGCUAUAUUAUUAAGUUUCUUAGGAUUGAGUCUUUCAGUGGCUGGCCACUUAGUUUAUGCUCUUCCUAAAAGAUUAUACUAUUUUCAUUCAGGUGGUGAAGCACAUGUUGUUGCAGCAUUUGUUACUGCCUUAUCAGUACUAAUUUAUCACAUCACAAUUCGAUUGCAUUUACGAACAGAAGGUCCUGUAAACUUUGGUGAAGCUUAUGGUAUUUCAUGGUUUGCGUGUUUUUUACACCUAUUGGCAGCUAUUCUGUUACUGUUAGAUGAAAUUAUUAAUGAAUUAGUCAAUUUAGCUACUAGAGUUCAUUGUAUACGUUCAUGUUUAAAGUGUAUAAUACAAACUUAUAGUAAAACUAUUCAAAAGAAACGUCAAUUAUUAACACAUUAUAAUACAAAAUUUACUAAUGGAAAGUAAACUCUCUGUCACCUCUGUCUAUCUCUCUUUCAUUUGUUUUUUUCAAUUAUUCUUGUUUAUCUCUUUUAUUUUCUAGUACGAAUAAACAAAUAAAUGCAUAAUAUUUAAGAGAAAAGUUAUAGUAUUAGAAAUUUUAAUUUAUACAAGAUUAUAAAUUCUU